AAUGUUUUGGAAACUUCUGAUUAACGUCUACGAGAACAAUAUAUUAUUCGGGUCACGUGACACACUUUUUGACCAUUAGUUAUGAAACGAUCAAAAACGAUUGGACAUUUCAGCCGAGAGACCUGUACUUAUAUAAAGGGACAAGAUGUGAAGAUUUGUCAAACGGAGCACAAACAGCGAACUAUACAGACUACAGUGGAACGACUUACCUGCAACUCACUAUCUGUAUCACCUGUGUCAUCUACGCUUAACAGAUUAAUACACAUUACGAUAUGAUGCUCCGUCUCAUCUUAGUUACCUGUAUGACGUCGUCAGUUCUCUCGAUCCCUCUCCAUCAACUCUUCAGGAGAAGUCUCGUGAAGCGUUAUGGAAAUGAACAUUACGAAUCUCUGGUGAACAUCAUGGCGGAUCAGAUGAUUAAUAGCGUGGGAGGGGAAGCGUUAACGGAACAGGAAACAAAGAUUCAACUUCUAGCUCACGGCAUCAAUAACGAUACAGCCAUUCGACUCGCUGAUCACUUCUUCAGCUGCUGUGACAAUGAUUCCGAUCGCCGGUUAAGCCACCAAGAACUCCGACAAGCCAUGCACGAGUUCAGUAUCCUGAUCCUCCCUUGAUGUAGCUUGAGAGUGUUUGCCCGGAAUUUCUCAACAUUCCAUUCGACAAUUCCUUUGUCCGACGCAUGCGCAAAUACAAGCUUGGAGCAUAUGUCCAUAUUUUGUUCCCGUUGUACUUGACGCCACCAUGCAAAACAAUGCAGCUUUGGUCACCACAGAACUGGACUCUGUUUUUCCACUUGAAUUAUCUCCCCUUGUGGAGAUCACCGUUGAUACGGAAAAACAGAUCCGGCCCAUUUUAGUGUCUUUUUUGUCGUUUGUUGUACAGACUACCAAGCACGUGACAUUGUAACGUUUGCAUAACUUGCUUUGCUUGUACUGUCCCCGACAAACCCUGAGGAUCAACAUAUCCGCAGAUAUGUCGGCAUCUGUAAUGGUUGUCUGAUUUAUUCGACUGUUUCAUAGUCAGACGGGUGUUGGAUUUAUAUUAUUUAACUGAAUAUCAUUCGUACAUUUCCGUCACUUUCCGUGAUGUUUACGGAAAAACCACAAAUUGGUAAUCUUUUCAAAGCAGUGAAACUUUCUGAUGAGAUGGAAAAUUGUAACAUUUUGAGAAGGGUUUCAUGUUAUAUUUGAAUAUUUUUGGUCAAAUAUCGGUCAAUCCAUGCCAAGCGUAAACGUUACGGAAUCAGCCGACAAUUGCCGAUUGUUUGGCCCUAUAAUACGGGUGAUUCAUGCUCAUUUUUUUUCAUUAAUUGUUUUUUUCUUCUUCAUUUUUUUAGAGAAAAGUAUAUUGGGUUGUGUUUGUUUUUGUUGAAUCAGCGAUGUAGAAUUAACGAUAGAAUCAGACUGAUUCCUGAACAGCUUUGUAUAGUAACCGUUUGUAUCACUUCUUAAGUUCAACUCGUCAGAUGUUGAAUGUAUGUCACUUUGACGUUCAUAUUUGCACCACGCAAUUUGUAAUAAAAACACAUAAAAACCAAAUUAUUGACUCAAUAUAUAAAAUAAAUCGAAUAUCCAAAACUUUAAUAUAAAUAUUUACAGACCCGUUUAUCUUAAUUGCCGAUCCAAUAUUGGCCAAUAGAUUUAACUUUGAUGUUUCUAUUACAAAUUGCUUGCAACAAUACAUUGAGGCUCAUGUUUAACCGAUUUGUGAUUCCAAAACUAUCGUUUCGUACGGGAAAAGGUCAUUUUUUUAUAAGCUGGCAUAUUUCUUUAGCAGUUUAUUAUUUGUUAUAAUCUUAUCUGAUUAUGAUUAUUAUUGUUUGCCGUUGAUGACUCAGACCUCUGUUGGUAUAACGAGGGCAAUGUAGCAGGAACUUUGAUUCGUUCUCGGAAACACUUAUUUACAGUAUCUAUGGGAAAAUCCUGUUUUUAUGUGGUACUCAUGUUACUAGUUGAAAUAUCCGUGAACAUAAUCUCGGACGAAUCGGAUUUCAAGGUACAGGAUACCACUUUAUCCGUUGUUAUCGCAAAGAAUAGUUUCAGUCAGAGUUUGUUUACUUAGAGUAAUCUCCCUUUUAUGUAGAAGAUGAAGCAACCAAAAGGAUUUUUCUGGUUAGAGUAACUUCCCUUGUCAAGUUUUCCAUGUGCUUUGAGGCCCACUGCUAGAAUAAUUCCUGUAUGCAACAUUGGCGAGGUGUAGGCUUUGUAAAGUUAAGAUCACGAGUCCGACCGCUACUGUUUAUUUUUUUAAUUUCUAUUUUCAAACUUUCAAAUUUCAAACUACAAUUCUGUGAAAUGUAUCACAACAUUUCAUUUUUAUGGAGUAUUUCUUUCGAAAUGGACUUAAAGAAAUAAUCCACAGUAGUGACAAGUAUAUAGUCUUACUUGUUGAUUCUUUUUACCUUAAUCAAAUAUUCAAAUCGUGAUAGACAUCAGAUCCGAAACCAUGGUAUUUGUCCUGUUCAUGUGAUUUUCAUAAAAUCUCCGCGUUCUUACAGCGGUCAGACACGGUCAGAAAAGUACCUAUCGACAGACAUAAUGGGUCAGAACGAUGAACCUGUCACAUUGUAUUUCAUUAAUUAAUAUCUAUUCAUUAAUAUCUUUAUUCCACCAUAAAUUUCGUCUAAUACAUUAUCAUAUCGUAAAGGAGCGAGUUGUAGAAAUAGCGUGUUCAUUCAUUCAGGGAACGAAACUGAAAAUCAGUGAAUUCACAAAUUUCCGUUUGCAGAGUGUAAGAAGAUUUCAGCUGUUUGCUGCUUUUUAUUGUUGUUUUUAUUUGUAAUUAUCAUGCGGGUUAUAGUUUUGUUUAUUUAUAAAAUGACAAGUACUCGACGAUUGUGUUAUUACUCGAUUGUUUAUGAUUGCCAAGUGACAAUAUGUAUUGUUGUUUUCGUUGAAAUUGUAUUGUUUUCUUCCAAUGUAAAUACGUUGGUGUUGAACUAAAUCAAUGUAAAUAAAAUGAAAUAUUUUGAAAUAUCU